AUGGCAUUAACUGAUAAAAACAAGGUACAAGAAUCAACAUUCAAGGGCAGAAUCAAAGAUGACAUCUUACUAGGACCAGAAUAUCCAGUACAUAGAGAUUCUGUUAAUGUGGCUGAGACGAUUCUAAAGACCUUAAAAAGCAAGCCUGAUUGUAUUGGCCAAAAUCUAGACGCGAUUAUAGUAUUAUUGGGCAUCAUGUAUAUAAAUGGCAAAUGCAAUACAUGGGACCAUGAACUCUCUUUAACGACGGCACGAUACUUUCUCUCGCUGACAUCGCCAAAGUUAAUUUUUACGAUCCCGUUAUCGGCUGUAAGUUUAACAAAAGCGGCAAAGGAACUGAAAAUGGAUGUAAAAAUAGUGGUUCUCGGCAAGCUAGAUGGAUAUGAAUCGGUAGACGAUAUUUUAAAGGGUCACGAUAGUCGCGAGGUUGCUGAAUUCAAAUGCACUCCGAUCAGCAACCCCGACGAAGUUGGCCUUAUUGUUCUUUCUUCAGGUACUACAGGCAUGCCAAAGGCUACUGAAAUUUCGCACACUUCUAUACACAAUCGCAUGCUUCCUGUAAAAGUUGCCGAAAUGAAAGGUCACGUUUGCAUGUUUACACCGGCAUUACGUUGGCUAUACGGUGUUAGGCUUGCAUUUAAGACCAUUUUGGCAUGUUCAACCAGAAUUGUUGUACCAGACUGUGACAGAAUUAUUGCACCAGACGGUGUGACAGACGAUAAUGAAUGUGAUAUGUACUGCAAAUUUAUCGAGAAAUAUCAAGUAACGUGGUUUUGUACUGAUCCAUUCAUUCUAGUCCAAAUGAUUAAGACGGAUAUAUUAGAGAAAUUUCGAUUGUCGUCAUUAAAGGUUAUUAUUACAAGCGGUUCUAUUUUCCAAAACCAAUAUCAAGAAACAUUGAGAAAAAAAUUACCACAGAUCGGAAGAGCACACUAUUACUAA